GUGACCCGACAAAUUAUAGAGCCUUCUAACAAAAUUAUUAUUUAUUUUAACCCAAUUAUUUUCUACUAUAUUCAUCUUACUGAAUAUAAAUUAUAUUAUUAUUAUCAGAUUAUAGUUUUAUCUAUUUUCCCAACAUUGUAAUAAUAUAAUAAAUUAAGUUAUUGAAAAUGGAAGAUUCCAACGUUGCUAUUGGCCAGGUUUUGGUUAAUCUUUUUAAUGGGAGGACAGCUGUCUUUGGUUCUGACGAAUACCAAACCAUUGGCCAAAUAAAAAAUUAUUUAUUGGGUCAGUAUACUCUUGAAAAUAUCAACCAUUCUUUAUGGUACGGAUUGAACGAACUUGAUGAUGAACUUGAGUUAUCAGAAUUAUUGGGUUCUGAGUCUACGAUAUCUCUUGAUCAUCACUUGGAGUUAUUGGGAGGUGGUAAGAAGCGUAAGAAGAAGCAAUACACCACUCCCAAGAAAGUCAAGCAUAAGAAGAAAAAGGUGAAGUUGGCUGUCCUCAAGUACUACAAAGUCGACGGUGACCAGGUUGUUCGUCUUCUUAAGGACUGCCCUGGUGAAAACUGUGGUCGUGGAGUCUUCAUGGCCGCACAUAACAAUCGCACCUACUGCGGUCGCUGUCAACUUACUUAUCUAAGCACAGCUCAGGAAUAAUUUUAUCU